CAGAUGCGGGUCUUAUUUGUUCUCUCCAGCAGGAGGGCGUUCCGCUGAAGAACAUACGAACACACUGUGGUGAAUUAUGCCGGCGUACGUGCGCACUGAUUCAUAUUUAGAUGCUGCCACAGCUUAGCUGUUAUCCCAGGGUCUGUGUUUUUGAACCCCGGGCCUUCCUUGAUGUUAGCCUUCCUGGUGGCAACACUGCCGGGGGAAAGGCGACAGAGGAGGCCAGGCCCGAAGACAUGGAGGCUAGCCGUCCUUGCAGAGGGAGUGAGCUGUAGGACGUGCUGAUUUCUGAGCGGGGUUGGCCCUCCUAGUAUGGACCCCGGCCACAUCAGAGGGGAUAUGUCACCUUUGUAUAUGCCAAGAAAGAGGAAGCCUGUUCACUCACUUUCAAAAAGUGGAGUGCAAUGUCCAGCUGCUGUCCAGCGGAUGCCAGAAAGAGCCUGUGAAGUAAAUACAGUUGGGUACUCAGAGGAGGAUGAGUCCCAAACUGAAGAUGGAGUAAAGAUGAAGAGAACUUACAGUAGGAAAAGGUAUGAGGACCUCCAGAGUGUUUCCCUGGGAACAGUAGAUUACUCAACAACCAGCUGUUCUGUGAUGUCAUCAGAUGGCCUGGCCAAUGGGUCAGACCCAGGGUCCAUCGGUCCGCCCACUGCCAGGCUCCCUCCAAGACUGGUUGCAAAGGAUCUUUGGCCUCAAGGCCCAGAAGCUAGCGGGGAGCAGUCCCAGCCUCAUGAUCAGAGCUGGAACUCCAGCAGGGACCGAGGACCUGACUCCUGGGCUCCAGGCAGAGACCGACCCCAGGACCAGGUGUGGAACUCUGGCAGAGGGGGACACUCCAGUCAGGACCAGACAUGGAUUCCAGGCAGGGACAGAACUCACAGCGGACCGGACCAGUCCUGGAUGACAGGCCAGGAGCGGGGUCCUGAUCAGGGCUGGGCAGCUAGCAGAGAUCAAGGGCAGGAUCAGGCCUGGAAUGGAGGCAGAGAUCCAGGAAGGGACCGGGACUCGUCAGGGCCGGAGCAAGGGUGGGGUACUGGCCGAGGCCCAGAUCAAGCCUGGAACAACACAAACAGGGAUAGAGGAAACGUGUGGAGACCCGACUUGAACAUGAAAAAGGUCCAGAGACCAGAGAUGGAGCGAAGCCCUGCACCCAAUAACUUCACACAACCACCAGAGGGCAGAGAAUCCUGUUCAGAUGCUGCCAGUGCCGGUCAGGCCUCGACAGCUCAGCCGAACGAAGACCAGAAACCUCCAAUCCUGCCGGCUAAGAAGGAACCUCCUACUUAUCCUCCAGGAAGCCAAGAGGAACGUUGGCAGCUCCAGAUUGUCGCAAAAGGAAGAGUCACCUGUCCAAAAUGUAAAAGUGUGAGCAGGAAGACUGUGGAGGGGCUGAAGAAACACAUGGAAAACUGCCGACUGCAACCUUUUACCUGCCAACACUGUGGGAAACAGCUCAAGUCUUCAACAGGGAUGAAGUAUCACAUCAUGGCUGACCACAGCCACUUGCCUUCAGCUGAUGAUGCCAAGGACCUGGAUGAUCGUACCAUAAAAGACAAGCUACGUAAAAUCCUGAAGAGACUGGGCAAAUUAAAGUGCUCCAAAGAGGGUUGUAACGCUGCAUUUACCAGCAUCAUGGGCUACGUGUAUCACAUGAAGAAGUGUGGAAAGGAGGAGUCUGAGCUGGAGAAAAUGCUGCUGAACUGCUCUCACUGUGGGAAGACCUAUAAAUCCAAGGCUGGUCUGGAGUAUCACCUGAAAUCAGAGCAUGCUCCUACACCACAGAAGACUGAGGAAGAUGAGGCACUGAAGGCCCAGAGGGAGGCUAAUCCAGAGAGGACGCCCAGCGGCAGGGUGCAGAGAGCCUCGGCCCAGGUGGCCAACUUCCACCUGGCUGAGAUCGCCAACAAUGAACUGCCCAAAGACUGGCCCAAGAGGAAGUUUCAGUCUGACCUGGUACCAGAUGACAAGAAGUUGAAAUAUGCCCGACCGGCUCCUGCCUUCAGCCAGGAGGUGCUGAGGAAGUGGAAGAAUGAGGUGAAGCUGCAGAGGAAAGUCCAGUGCCCCAACCAGGGUUGCGGCUGCACCUACACGAGUGUGUCUGGACUCAAAGCUCAUCUGGGACUCUGCACGAGGGGCAACUUUGAGGCCGGUAAAUACAGAUGUCUGAUCUGCAAUAAAGAAUUUAACUCUGAAAGUGGAGUGAAAUACCACAUCAACUCUGUCCAUUCACAGGAUUGGUUUGUGACGAACAAAAAAGCUUCCAAGAAGUUUGAGAAGUUCCUUAAAAACCAGCCCAAAGAGGUCAUCCGUGAUGUGGAUAAGCAGACUGUUGAUCAGUACCACCAUCAUCACCUGCAGCAUCAUCCUCAUCAUCAUCAUCAUCAGCAGCACCAUCAACACCACUCACACCACCACCAUCAGCAGCAGCAGCGCCAGCUCCAGCACCAGCCUCUGCAGCACCCACUUCAGCCGCUGCAUCACCUCCAACACCAAACUCAGUACCUCCAUCCAGAGAGGCAGAACCUCCGUCCACAAGUGGACCCCCAGCCCCAACAGCCGAUGCUCCAGUACACCAGUUUGGAGCCUCCUCCGGGGCCAGUGUGGGUCGAUAUGGACCACAGAGGAGGAGUGCUGGGGCGGAGCAGGCCCGAUCGAAAUGGAAAUGGCUGA